AGUGCCGCUAUUGUACACUGUCCCAGUACGUGAUUGUGCGGCUCUGUUUUAUAAAAUGUGGAUUUUUGGCCAUGCAUCCUUGAUUUGGAAUCCCGAGUUCGAAUACGAAGACAGAGUGGCUGGAUACGUUAAGGGAUACACGAGGCGAAUGUGGGGGAAAUCAACGAGAUUCAGAGGUACCCACGAGAAUCCUGGCAGAGCAGCAGUUCUAAUUGAAGACCCACAGGGCAUUACAUGGGGUGUGGCGUACGAAAUAAAAGAUGAGAAUAAAGACAAAGUUUUUGAAAAGCUCCAGUCACGAGAACAGCGGCCGCCAUUCCCUUUGACAUUCUACCCCCACACAGAAAACAGCACGCCUAUUGAUGUGUUAUCAUACAUUGUUAUAAACGAAGCCAACAGACACAUACAUUCGUCUUAUAUCGGACCAGAGGAUACGGAAACUACCGCCAAACUUAUAGCAACUGCAAUCGGACCGACGGGACUGCGCAAUGAUGACUACCUUUUCAAAUUGGGAGAUUUCUUACGAGAAGUUCCUUCUGCAGAUGAUCCUUACAUCUUUGAACUGGAAACGUUGGUAAAAAAGUAUCAAUCUUGAGUUUUAAUGUGCUAACAUCGUCUGUACACCAUUAUCUGUAUUGAAAUAGAAAUAGAAAUCAUACAAAUCCAAUAUCUAAAUCAUAAGUCUAACGGGGGAAAGUACAAGUCCAUGGACAAAACACGCUAUACGAGAGACACAAACAGUGAAAGAAUGACAUGUGGAUCCCAAGG